AGAAAAAACUACAUUUAUUUGUAAGAAUAAUGAUUUUCUAUAUAUUGUGGACGUUAGCCGUUCAGAAGAACGUUACCAAGUCUAGCCACGGGGAGGCCUCCACUUUGUAGACUCACCCCCCAGACCCCAACGCUGAAAAAAAAAGAACAUUAGUUUCAAUAAUAUUAAAAGUUACCACCACAAAAGACGAUACAAUGGGAGAGAUCACGACAUCAGAAAAAGCCAAAACCACAGGAAAGACCAAAACCAGAGAUACUAGCCUAUAUUACCAAAAACUCCAAGACGAAAGACGACACCACGGGAGAGUUCAACACAUCAGAAAAAAACCAAAGACCAAACCAUUGAUACUAGCAAAUGUUAGUCUAGUUGCGAAACUAUUGAAAUGGAACAUCACACCGGUAUUUGGGGAUGAGAUCUUUUUAGGGGACUACGAAAUCUCUACGGUCGCCUCUGGAUACCUUGUUUUACCUCUGAGUUUUUUUUCACUUUUUGUGUUGUAUAUUGGCUGCCACUUUUCUGUUAAACUUACCAGUAGAAAACAACGCAUGCUUCUUUCUUUGAAAUUAGCCUUUCAUGCACGAAUGUAA